AUGUAUGAAAUCUUUAUUUCAGCUACCUAUCGAAAACUUUCGUUUACCCCACAUGACAUGGGAGGUUCGAGUUUUGCACCGUAUAGUGAUUGGUUGACAAAUUUAGAAAUUUCCUCUGAAGCUAAAUUAGUUGCACAGAAGGACCAUGACAGAUACCUCUACUAUGUAUGUGAUGCCAACUCCGAACUAGAUGAUUUAUACGGGGACUUUUUUGAGAGUAUGAAAGCGUUUUAUAAAUCUUUUAAACUUGCUGAGGUCCGAAUGGAAUCGUCUCGCAUCAAAUGUGGCCAGUACUGUGUUUUGUGUACGGUGUCAGAAAUAGCGUUUGACUUUUUGUUCAAAAGGGGGAGGAUUGUUCAGGUGUAUGGUAACGGAACUGUUGACAUUGAGUGCUUAGAUGACCUUAGUUUCACGAACGUUGAAAUUACUGCUUUGUUUGAGCUAGAUACACGUUUUGCCCUACUGCCGUUCCGAUAUGCACCUGUGAGAUUUAGAACUUUCAAACCAAUUAUUCAGGAUAGUAGCAGUGUUGAAGAAAUACGUUUUCAAUGCGUAUCUGCUUUAAGCCAUCAAGGGAAAAGCCACAAUGUGCUCGUUGUUGGAUUUGAUACGGAGAAGGAACAGUUUGUUAUCGAUGUAGUUGUCUCUAGAGAUCUUGGAUAUUGUUCUUUGUUAUCCUUAGUCGUUUCAUUCCUUUAUGGCAUCCCAUACAGAGAGGAAUAUGAGGACGAAGUAUGGGAACGCUUCAAAAGUUUUUUGCGCCUUGUGACCGUUGAUCGAUGA